AUGGUGGUCCAGCAGUCGGCUAGCAGGGGGGAUCUCCUGCAGCGCAGCGCGCGGCACACGAUGCACGAGCUCAUACAGAUAAUAUACUCGAGACUGCCUGAUAUGGAAGUCAAGGACUGGGAGAACUCCGAGUCCGACACGGAGGAUACAAACCCAGACUCGGGUUAUGGAAUAAGCUCGGCAGUCGAUAUCUUUCAUUUUCUGUGCUCCCUGCUGAAUGUGGUGGACAUGAUGGACAUGGACGGGUUGACUUUGCACAUAUCUGACGAGAACAUGCAGGUUUUCGCCUUGUAUUUGAUAAAUUCGGCAAUCGAGCUCAGUGGGGACAGUAUAGGAAAGCACCCGAAGCUGCUGAGAAUGGUGCAGGACGAUCUUUUUCAUCACUUGAUCCACUAUGGGGCAUCCUCCAGCCCACUCAUUCUCUCCAUGAUUUGCAGUACUGUUUUGAAUAUUUAU